GGCUCUAUAAGAAUACCGGCUACGUGAGCGACGCUUCAGGAAUUUUAAAUCACUUUCAACGAGUGUUCAACCGUUAUAUCGACGACGGUUUCUUUUAAAUAGGCAUUUCCGUUAUUCGUUUCCCCGGUGCUUCGUUGGAUACUUUAUACACAUCUGGCGCUUAAAAACACUGAAGUUUCCGUUCUGCAUUGUUGAAGGACCAAACCAGCGAUUUGAAAGAUGUUUCCUGAGAGCAACACUGGGUACAGUUUUGAGGAUUGCCAGGCCACCGCUGACUGGCUCCUGUCCCAGACUGCAGUGCGCCCUCUGGUGGGCAUCGUGUGCGGUUCGGGUCUGGGUGGAUUGGCUGAUGCUCUGAAAGACCAGGUGGCCUUCAACUACCGGGACAUUCCCAACUUUCCUCAGAGUACAGUUCACGGUCAUGCGGGUCGGCUGGUCUUUGGCACUUUAAAGGGCAGGCCGUGUGUCUGCAUGCAGGGGCGCUUUCAUCUCUAUGAAGGAUAUCCCAUCCAGAAGAUUACGAUGCCGAUGCGGAUUUUCAAGAUGCUGGGUGUGGAGACAGUGAUUCUUACCAACGCUGCUGGCGGUUUGAACCAAGAUUAUAAAGUAGGAGACAUCAUGAUCAUCAAAGACCACCUCAACAUGCCUGGAUUUGCAGGAAACAACCCUCUGGCGGGACACAACGACGAAAGGUUUGGAGUGCGUUUCCCCUGCAUGUCUGACGCGUAUGAUCGAGAGCUGCAGCAGAUGGCUCUGGAUGUGGGCUCAGAACUGGGCUUCAGUGAUUUCCUGCGGGAGGGGGUUUACUGUGUUCUCGGAGGACCGUCGUUCGAGACCAUCGCUGAGUGCCGCAUGCUGCACAAACUGGGUGCUGACGCUGUCGGCAUGAGUACAGUUCAUGAGGUGAUUGUAGCACGUCACUGCGGGAUGCGCGUCUUCGCUCUGUCUUUGAUAACCAAUAAAGCGGUUAUGGAUUAUGACAGCGAGGAAAAGGCCAACCAUGAGGAGGUCCUGCAGACGGGCAAACAGAGAGCGGAGCAGCUGGAGAGACUGGUGUCCACUAUAAUCACCCGGCUGGAGCACAACAACAACUACGCCUAAAACCGCUCGGGGCGGAAAAAUACCUGCUGCUCAACUGCCAUAUUAUAAUGCACUGUUGAAGAAACUAGCUAGGUUAAUCAAGACCGUCCUAGAAGGGAUACAGCUGCGGCCAGAAGUUAACAAUAAUUAUUAAUAUUAUUUAUUAAAUUGUAUUUUAAUAAUGUUUACCCCUAAACCCAGCCCUCACUGUAAUGUAAAAACAGUAAUUAUACCAGAGUAUUAUUCAUAUUAUUUAUUAAACUACCCAUUAGUUGUAUUUUAUGGUCUACUUCGAACCUCAAACCAUCACAGUAAUGUAAAAACAGUAAUUAUACCCUAAUAUUAUUCAUAUUAUUUAUUAAACUACCCAUUGAAUUGUAUUUUAACAUCUACCCCAACCUUAAACUCAACACUUAUAGUAAUGUUAAAUAUAUAUAAUAUUGUUGUACAGUGUCAUAAAAAAUGAAGCUAUACUGAUGUGUAUCCACAGCUGUAUCCCUUCUAGACUUGUUUCUUUCUCAAACAGUGUCGCACAUCAUAUCCCAACAUUAAUCACAGACCAAAGAACGCAUACAACUCAUCUGUGAGCAAAAACAAAUGGUUGUGGUUUCAGAAACCAUGUUUUACAGGUCAAUUCCAUUCAGCUGAUGUUUAUUUAUGUUUAUUGAAUCUUCUUUUACAUCGAAAUUCUGUCAGGGUGCGAAUUAUACAUGGACUUUUCAAUGGGGUCAGAUUUUUGGGUAAUAUUAGUUUAAUACAUGCUUCAGUAAAUCAAAUGUAUAUUUAUAUCAAUUACAUCUAAUUUAUUAAUAAGACGUAAUUAAGUUUUCAGUGUUUUGAAGGAUAUUCGGUGUACAUUAACCUCAUUUCCGAGAUUAUUGUAGGUAAAACUGUCUAAUUAUAGUUUAUUUUAAGUUAUAUGUCGAUUAAAAACACAUAUUUAACGAGAAAUACGUCUUUUGAAUACUCACGAUGUCCGCUGGUGCUCUUGAAAUGCCGGUUUCAGACUGUUGAAUUGGCGCGAUUAUGACUCCUAUAAUGGUAUGACCCGUUAUAGGGGUGGUCAAAUGUACAUUUAUAUUAUCUAUUAUUAUAAUUAUUAAUAAUAUUAUUUAAGAUACAGACAAGAGAAACUAUUUCUUACUUUUAAAGGUCUGACCCCCAUUUUGUUUUGACGUCCUUCAAGGAGGAUCAAGCUUUAAUUAGGGAAGUCAAGCCACCCCUGUAAUUCGCACUCUCAAUACUGUUUUACAGCCUUCGUUCGUGUUUGGUCUGGCUGAUGUUUUGCUCUUAUGUAUAUAGACUCGGUCAACAGGAUAGUGCUUAUGUUUUCGUUUUCUCUUUAAAAAGACCUAGUAAUAAUUAUAAUUGUUACAUUCCUUUGAAUGCUAAUGUUUCUUAUCUCUAACUUGACGUUUACAAUGUUACAGGUGUUUUAAUUCUGAGAAGUUGAAUCGUCUGUAAAACUUAUAAUUCUUUGUAGUGUUUGUCUGGAGAUGUACAGUUAAAUAUCACCUUUUUUUAACAUUAUUAGUAAAAUUGGCUAUUUAUUAUUUAUGUCUCCAUCUUGUUUUUAGUGUGAGUUUUGUGUACAAUAUAUUGCACAUUUUAUUUGUCAAAAAAAUGCUUGUCAUGUUUCUACAGAGCCAUUAGAAGAAAUAUGUGGGGGGGGAAUAAGAUGUCAGUAGAAAUGACAUCCGUGCUCUUGCUAAACAUUUGGAUUCCCCUAAAAACUUGUCAUGCAAAAGCAUUUAAUAAUAAAUAUAUUACAUUUUUUGUC